CUACACCCAUUUCAACUAAUUCUGUGGGAUUAUUUCAGUCCUGAAGACUCAUCAUGAAGAUCGCCAUACAGCCUUGAUCGACUGACCUAGCCUAACCUCUCAUAUCCCCUCUCCUACUUGCGACUUGCCCUGGGCGCAACUUUGCUUGCGCAUCAUGGCCCAAUGGUUUGAACGCCAUGUCACUCCAUCAAUACAACUCGGCAUAGCCGCCACCUGCGGUGCCGUGGCUGCUACAACCGUCAUCUUCAGUGUAUCUGCCAUUCAUCGACGCCGCGUGACCGCAGAUCUCAAAGCCUCGAUCCCUCAACUAUCCCCGGACCACUUGUCGGCGCAACUUACAGAAUACGGUGGAGCGAGUCGGCCGACUUUCUCAAGCAAAGAUGACGAGAGGACAGCUAUGAUUGCUGCAAGGGCAAGAAAAGGAGACUAUGACGAGGAUUUGAUCCUGGAACAAUUGGCUAGGAAUCGAGUCUUCCUCAAGGACGAAGGACUGGCCAAAUUAAGAGGCUCAUUUGUUGUUGUCGUGGGUCUUGGUGGCGUGGGAAGCCAUUGUGUUGCUGCUCUCGCCAGAAGUGGCGUGACCAAGAUCCGGAUCGUGGACUUUGAUCAGGUCACUCUGAGUAGUCUCAAUCGUCAUGCGCUGGCAACACUGGCGGACGUUGGUACCCCAAAGGUGCACUGCGUGAGGAAGCGGUUAGAGCAAAUCAGUCCCUGGACGAGAAUAGACUGUCGCAACGAAUUGUUGAACUCGCAGUCUACUCCCACUUUGCUAGCACCCUGGGACUAUGAGCUUCGCGACGACGAUGACGCGACGACCCCGGACUGGGUGGUGGACGCCAUUGACAACAUCGAUUCCAAAGUUUCUCUGUUACAAUAUUGUGUGAUGCACGGCAUCAAGGUCAUUAGCUCUAUGGGCGCCGGUUGCAAGAGUGAUCCGACCCACAUUCAAGUGGGUGAUAUCUCGACAAGUGUCGAAGACCCGCUGUCCAAAUCGACUCGACGACGGCUACGAGCAUUAGGCGUAAAAGAGGGUAUUCCUGUUGUCUUUUCUACCGAAAAGCCCGGAGAAGGCAAGGCAGAUCUUCUGCCCAUCACCGACGAGGAGUUCCACAAGGGCAACGUGGACAAGCUGGGUGUGCUACCCGAUUUCCGAGUUCGGAUAUUACCUGUUCUGGGUACCAUGCCAGCCAUCUUUGGAUAUACGGUGGCAAAUCAUGUCAUCUGUAGCAUUGCUGGCUAUCCCAUGGAUUAUCGGAUAGGAGACAAGGGGCGGGAGAAGAUGUACGACAGCAUUCUCUCUACCUUGCAGGGUCUAGAGUCACGUCUCGUGCGAUCUUCUAGUGGCCAGGACGUGCUUGGACUGCGAAUUCCCAUUGGACGAGAUGAUGUCUCGUACCUUGUCGAGGAAGUCUUCCGUGGCAAGAGUGUCAUUAGUGGAUUGGGCACUCGUCUGGCUCUUAUCCGAUGGCGGCGUCCGAGUGGUGGCUUCAGGUUGGAGGAAACUUACCUGCAAGAAGGCCAGAAGAUGAUCCAACUGUCGUUGACCGACCUGGUCUUGAUGACAAAAGAGGAGGCCACCAAGCACGAGAAAAUGGUCUUGAGUGGUGAAGCUACGCCCGAGGAGGCAUAUGGACCUGAUGUUCUUGCGCGGGUGAGACGGAGACACGAUGAUGAGCGAGCAUAUGAUAGAUAUCGCUAAAUAAUUCUAAUGUCGAUCCCACCUC